UGGUCGCCAAGGGAUGGGAGUUCUUGCAGAAGCUGGUGCACUGUGCGAAGCUGAGCGAAAAUAUAGACGCGCAGGCGUAUGAGGAACAGGUGUCCACAGGAUAUUCCAACUACUUGACCCAGAACGACCUCACCUCUCAGGUCCAGCUAGCUCAGGCCCUCAACAGCCAACAAGUCAGUCAGAUAGAAGAGAAGAUGUUGUUCUACUACGAUCUGCAGAAGAGAGCUCUGGAGAGUUACGUCAUAGAAUCCAGAGGAUCCGGCCACUACUUGUCUCAAGUUGUGGGCUAUCUCUCGGGACACUACUCCACCAUCGCGGCCACAUCCAGUGACAACCCGGGCGAGGUUCACUGUUCCACCGCAGCUUACUCGGCUCUUAGUGCUGUUGCGAAUUCUGGAUCUUCAGCAGCCUUAGCGUGCGACCAGAAUAUCGUCGAGGUCACCAAAUAUCGUCUCUCCAAAGUUAACAACGAAUUUGCCGCAGUGAACAGUCUCUUGCCUGCAACCGGAAAUGUGGCAAUCCUCUCUUGUUUCAGUGAAGGAUAUAUCUUCGCGGAGAAAACCAUCCUUAACUGCUACAAGGUUGCCUCUUCACAUUUCAGUGUAAAUUACAAGGACGUGUACGACAGUGUUGUGAAGGACGUAGCGAUACUUCUGGGGUAUGAGAGCAGCUUCUUCGGGAACAAUUCUCUUCCUUGCGGCGACUCUGUACUCAGGAGAGCCUACUCGGAAGCAGAGAAGGUCCUGUACGACCUGCAGCGCUGUCUAUAUAAAGACUCCGGUACUAAAUACGCCGUCACUACCCCGUCCCCAGUGCCAGCAUAGUUUCUGGAACAAUUAUUGACAACACAUAUGUGUUAAAUUAAAUAGACUUAUGUAAUAAAAACUUCACUUAUUCUA